AUCAGUCUCGGACUCACUGCCCGGCUGAGGAGGUGAAAGUUUCUCCGCAGGACGAAAAACUGCUGAAGACACUACAGUGCACGAUUCUGGCCAACGGUUGAAGAAAAGUACUGAGAAAAACAUAUCUCUGAAAAAAGUAAACGGAGAGGUGAGUGUGAGCGUAACUGAUUAAGUCACACAAACCUCUAAGCGAAAGCAGAGAUUUACGUGUGCGUUAAUAUUUUUCUUGCAGUUGCUACUGCAGACUUACGAUGCUCCUUGACGCAGGGCCACAGUAUCCUGCCAUAGGAGUAACUACAUUCGGCUCCUCCAGACAUCAUUCAACAGGCGAAGUCACCGAUAGAGAAGUUGGGUUGGGGUUAAAUCCUUUUGCUGACGGGAUGGGCGCUUUCAAAAUCAACCACGGUACUCACGAUCUUGCUUCUGGACAGACAGCUUUCUCAUCACAGGCUCCCAGCUACGCAGCAGCCGCUUUGGGGCAUCACCACCACCCUGCUCAUGUCAGCUCCUACUCAACCGCAGCGUUCAACUCCACCCGGGACUUUCUGUUCCGAAAUCGGGGAUUCGGGGACGCCGCAAGCGCGCAACACAGUCUUUUUGCCUCAGCGGCAGGAACUUUCGCUGGGGCACAUGGACACUCAGAUGCCACCGGACACCUUCUUUUCCCGGGACUGCACGAGCAGGCAGCCACACAUGGGUCUCCAAACGUUGUAAAUAGUCAGAUGCGCCUGGGGUUUACCGGGGACAUGUACGGCAGAGCAGAACAGUACGGGCAGGUGACGAGUCCCAGGUCUGAGCACUAUGCCUCGACACAGUUGCAUGGGUAUGGUGCCAUGAACAUGAACAUGGCUGCACACCACGGGGCUGGGGCCUUUUUUCGAUACAUGCGGCAACCCAUUAAGCAAGAGCUUAUUUGCAAGUGGAUUGAACCGGACCAGCUGUCGAAUCCCAAAAAGUCUUGUAAUAAAACUUUCAGCACCAUGCACGAGCUCGUGACUCACCUCACGGUUGAGCAUGUUGGGGGACCUGAACAAUCAAAUCACAUCUGCUUUUGGGAAGAAUGUCCCCGGGAAGGCAAGCCAUUUAAAGCAAAAUACAAACUCGUUAACCAUAUCAGAGUGCACACGGGCGAAAAGCCGUUUCCGUGCCCGUUCCCCGGCUGUGGCAAAGUAUUCGCAAGAUCUGAAAAUCUAAAGAUCCACAAACGAACUCACACCGGCGAAAAACCAUUUAAAUGCGAGUUUGAAGGUUGCGACAGGAGGUUUGCGAACAGCAGUGAUCGUAAGAAACACAUGCACGUCCACACGUCUGACAAACCCUAUCUCUGCAAAAUGUGUGACAAAUCAUACACACAUCCCAGUUCCCUCAGAAAACACAUGAAGGUUCACGAAUCGUCUUCACCAGGGUCACAACCCUCUCCAGCAGCCAGUUCAGGGUACGAGUCAUCCACGCCUCCAACAAUUGUAUCUCCAUCCGCAGAGAACCAAAGCAGCAGCGCUAUAUCACCAGCGUCCACAACAGUGCAUCACGCAACCAGUCAUCACAGCGCGCUGUCGUCAAAUUUUAACGAAUGGUACGUCUAAAAUAUUUUUAAGACUGCAGAGUUAGGACUGCUCGGACUCAAAGACCACAAAAGCUGCACAAUAAGCACGGAUUGAAACACGUGGAACCCAGUCUUUUUGGUAAACGACUGUUUUGCAAAGGUUGAGCAAUAUGAUACGACGCCCGAGUUAGGGUAUUGAAGACUGUACGCAGGAUAUCUCAAAUUGCAUGCUAUUUGCGAGUUGCGGCCUGUUUGUAUAUAAAGAUUUACUUGUUUCAUAUGUAAUAUGUAAUUUUGUAAAUAGAUAUAUCACCGUUUAAGGGAUUUGUGAAAAUGUGGUCCCCAGAUUUAUGGAAACUGAAAUUGUUGUGAAGAAUAUGCGGUUAAUAGUCUUGAUUGACAAGAAUGUUACAGUUAAUGUGUACCAAAUGUGAAUUACCCUGUAUGGUUACGCGUCGACUUAACCUACUAUUAGUAUUAAUGUGGUUUUGUAUACAGUGAAAACAUUUCGUCUCAAAGUCUAGUCUGAGUAAAGUAAAUUGUUGUUAUCAAAUGUCAUGUCGAUAAAUCGUAUAGUAAAAGCCUGAAACUCCGUGUCACUCUGUUUAUGUAAGAGGUGAUAUAUAUGUAUAGUAGCCUAUAUACGAACUAUCUGUCAAUUUCCAAAAUUAUCUGUUCAUUGCCUUGGAAAAGUAAAAAAUUCACAUGUGCAAGACAUAUUUCCAUAUUUCCCCGCAUGUAAAAGGCUGGUAUCACACGUAUCGAUAUUUAUAGAGAAAUGCCUUUUUAAAAUUAGAGUUCAUAAACAUUUUUGUUACAUUUUGUACAGUAUUAAAACUUAAAAUGACUGAAAA